CAAAGCUCAUGGCGGAAGAUCAGAAGCUUCAUCCUUUGGUCUCCCUUCAUCCAAGUGUUCAAAAAACAUCGGUAUCCUUGGAUACAAUUGGCUGGUCACCAAGGCAACUUCCACGCCGGUGACGCCGGCUCAGUGCUGAAGCGGUUAGACCCCCGGGAACAAGCCUGCUUCAAGAAACUCAUGUCCGACUCGCUCAAAGAUUUCGUUCCGGAAUACAGAGGGGAUGUGGAUAAAAACGGCGAGAGACAUGUACCAGAAGAUGGUGGAGAUAGACAGCACCGCGCCCACCACAGAGGAGCACGAGCAGAAGGCGGUCACCAAGCCUCGCUACAUGCAGUGGAGGGAUGAGAUGAGCUCUUCUGUGGAGCUGGGCUUCCGACUGGAAGGAAUUAAGAAAAGCGACGGCAAUUCCAGCAAAGACUUCAAGAAGAUAAAGACGAGAGAAAGUAUUGUGGACAUCUUGAGGUCUUUUGUUGGAGGAAAUGAAAAUAUUGUUGCCAAAUACAUCAGAAGGUUGAAAGACAUUAUGGCAACGCAAGAGGCCUCCGAGUUUUUCACAUCUCAUGAGGUCAUCGGUAGCUCUUUGUUGUUUGUCCAUGACGCCGAGGAGAAAGUCAGUGUGUGGAUGAUAGACUUUGGCAAGACAGAGCCCCUACCCAAAGGCAUCACGGUGAAUCACCGCAACCAGUGGCAGGAGGGAAACCACGAAGACGGAUAUCUAUUUGGCCUGGAUAAUUUGGUGUCCAUUUUUGAAGAAGUACAUACCUCAUUGACCUCAAGUUCUGUGUGAGAGAGAAUGGCUUUGAAAAUUAGGGAAGGGGUUGGAGCGGGUUGUUGUGAUAAGGGCAAAGAUAAUUAAGAAUGUUUUAUUCAUGUGUGUUGUAAGUGGAAGAAAGGGCAAGAGUAAAUGUAUAGAAAACUUGCUGAUUUGGCUGUGGUUUUUUUUGAGUCGCAGAGAAAGGACCUGUGCACCCUAAUUGACUUGUGAGAUGAAAUGGACACAUGCUAAGUAUGUGUACAUGUCUGUGUGUUUGCUUGUGUGUGUUUAUGUAAGUGUGUAUAGAAACUGAGGCUGGAUGAUAGAAAGCCAUCUGAAGUGGAUAUAUCUGGCAGGAGAAGGAUGCAACAUCAAGGAUUCAUAAUGAAACCCUUGAUAGAACAUCCUUUUACUACUGCAUUUUAUGAAUUUGAGUGUGUGUAUGGGUAUGUGUGUGUUUGUGCAUGGGUGUGUGCAUGUGGAUGGGUGUUAGGGUGGGUGUGCAUGCGUGUGUGUUUGUGUGUUUGCUCUACCAACAGAUGAACUCUGUUAAUUACGAGUCCCAGCUGAUGCAUAAAACUUUAUCAUUGUGUGAGCGGAGUGAUAUUUUCAUGUGCUGAUAACUUUGGUGUACAAAAAUAGCAUUUGUUGCUGUCAAAUAGAAAGUAGUCUUAAUGGAAAUUUUUAUAAGUUUUUAAAGGUUUUUUCAGCACACACAGUGCACUUGAUUAAGUUGGGUUUUUUUUUAAUUAGAAAUUAGAAUUACCUUCGGAAGGAUGCUGCAUUUACUGGCAGUUCAGAUCUUUUUUAAAAGUCAUGUUCAGACUAUCGUUAGAAGUUGUCAAACUUUGAACAAUGUACAAGUUGCCAAAUCAAGAUCAGUUGUUCCUACAGCUGCGAUUAGUUUCGGCAUAUGCCAAGUCUGCUCAUUAACAUUUUGUUUUACUCCUGUGUUUGAGAGUCGGAACAUGUCCUGACAAUACCAGACACAGCACAAUGGCAAACACUUUUUAUGCACUUGUUAUGAUCGUUUGUUGUCUGCUGUCUUCACUCUUUGUGGUUGUGCUGAAAAGGACUGGGAGGUUGUUUUAUUUCUUUCACUCUUGGCUCCAAUGGGAGAAAAUAUUCUUGUAUGCAGGGUCUGCAUGCAUAGCCACAAGUUACCCCAGUAUGAAUUAGACUGAAAUUGUUGAGAAUGAAGCUGUGACAACCACCCCCGGCCCCCCACUCCCCCAAAAAUUAAGAAAUAUUUUGCAUAAGGAAUGGACAACUUUAAUAGUAAUGCAUUAAAUAAGUAGAGUAACACAAGUGAGUUUACAAAACAUUGUUUUUUAGAAAACUUUUUUUUUCAACUCCUGUCCAUCAACUAAUUAUAGUAUCUUUUCUUUACAGUCAGGACUUGAUGUCAACACUAUAACCUGACAUUUUGUUAUGUUUUUAUCAUUUUGGCUUCAGCAAAUUGAAUCUCAUUCGAACUGGUGGCUCUGUGUGUAGACCUCUAUGUGUGUUCCUCUUAUCUUCACAUCAGGUGUGCUUUCAGUGUUGUGACAUUGCCUUGCGUUGUGACCUAUUGGUGUGCUUGGUCGAUGCAGAUGUGUGUGUGUUUGUGGUGUGUGCAUACAUGCGUGUGUUUGUGUGUGUGUGUUACAUGAUUUGAAUUCCUCCAGUUCAUGUCCAGAUCUCAUAUUAUAAGGCAAUGGUUUUGAAGAAAACCGUAGGGUCCUUAACUGUUGCUGAGGGUCAGGGUCUCACAUAAGGUUAAUGAACGAGGAAGAAGAAGAAUGUAAACGUACCCGAAGAGACAUGAGUGAGAGAGAAGGAAUGGAAUGUAUGGUUGUCACCUCAAGUCCCAUUGUUGUGAUUGGCACCUGGUGAAUGUCCUGCCCAGUGGGACAUUUUGUGUACACUUGUAAAGAAAUGUACAUACACGUAUACCCAUAGAGUAGGUUGUUGUGUCUGUGUAUGCAAAUUGUGAACUCUCGCCUCCUCUCUGUAGAGGGUAGGGAAAUGCUUUAAGUGUCUUUGUGUCCAUCAAGGGAACCUCAACCUUCAUCUUUGUUUUCGGUCAAAUUGUUGACAGACUUUGGACUAGGAAGAGGAAGUUAAAGAGAGAUUUAUGUCUUUGGGUUAAAUGAAAGUGAUAUCGAUUGAAUAGACUGGUUUCUUGUUAGUUGAUGCGAAAAGAAAAACUGCCCAAAAUAUUUUUCAAAGUUUUGAAUUUAGAUUUGAUGAGCAGUUAUUGUAUUGGUAGAGAUAGUAUUAUUAUUCCAAAAAAGCACUGGAGAACAUUUCCAUCUGGAUGGGAAGUGGGAAGUGUUUACUCACUUUUUUGCUAUUUGCAACAUAAGUAUCCUUUAUUGUCUUGGUUGAGCUGCGUCCAUAGGCGUCAUUCUCUUGACAAUUUUGAAUUAGAUAGGUUUCGAAGAUUAAGCUAGAAGCUUCAUGAGGGGAAUAAGAGAUGCAGAUAUAUAUAUAUAUAUAUAUAUAUAUAUAUAUAUAUAUAUAUAUAACCACCAACAAAGGGACAGUUAUCAAAAUGUUGACUAACAGACACAAGAUUGGCUGGAAAAGUGGUAAAUAAGUCACUAUAAAAUUGCUUUUCUCAUUUGGGUUUAGUUUUAUCUUGCGCUCAUUGCAUUGCAGUUUGUUGUAUGUAUAGUGUAGUUUUAAAUUACUCUACACACAGUCUGAAUUCGAAGGGAAAACUGGUCGAAUUCGAAGGGAAAACUGGUUUGUUUGAAAACUGACUAAAGAGCUUUUUAUCUGAUCAGAUGCUACAGCGCACUUUGAUCAGCUGACAGGUGCUGUCGCUGUUCUGUGCUGUCUUUACUUUGAGACUGCCGCCGAUUUUCUGUGAUUGAAAUACUUGGUUCUUGUGUAUCCAGUUUCAUCAUUUGACCUGUUUCUGUCUUGUUGUAUUGUACAUUGUGUUGUGUGUUUCUCAAAUCGGGUGCUUGGAGGGCACUACUGAUAGGUCCUUUACUUCUUUACUUUUCCUCUGUUGUUUCUGUCUGUUUGUUUUACUUUUUCACAGCACUAAAUUACCAUUAUUGUGUCGAUGUGCUUCUGUUUACUCAAACAGACAAACUUGUGUUUCUCAAAGACCUCUGGAUGCAGUGAGGUGUAUGCAGAAAGUUUGUCCAUUCCUUAUGUGCACCGUAUGAACAAUGGUGUAUGUUCAUUGUAGCCAGCCAUAGAACAUAUAAUAUUUGGUAUAUUAUCUACGUAUAUUUAUUAUAGACUUUUUUGUACAAAAUGAUCAUGUUUUAUGCUAGAAAAACCUGUGCAACUGUGGUGGUUUUGUGUGGGGUUUUUUCCCUCAUGCAUUUGAUACAGGAUGUAGAGCAGAAUGCAACAUUUUUCCAAAGAUAUCAAAUAAAAGAACAUUAUAUAUGAAUGAAAA